CAGAUAUUCAAAAGAAAAGUUGAGAGAGAGGUUAAGAAUGCCCAUACCAAAAUCUAAAUAUGGAGCACCGAACUCCAGUCAUAAAAAAAACUUAAGUAGUUCGGAAGUGGAGGUAGUGCUGCAAACGAGCUGUCAUAUUCAGCGGUGUCAGUAGUGGAUAUAAAAUGACAAGAUGCAUGGGAUGCUAUUACUGGUUCAGUGAACACGGUAUCCGGAGAAGAACGCACAACAAAGGAAACCGGUACAGACAAGCGCCUAGUGUGAUUUCCUCCAUAAAGAAAGAAACCUACAGCAGAAGGUUAAUGAGAUACACAUUUUACUCCGAUGAAUGUAUGGUCAUCACCAUACCUCUGGGCAGCCUCAGAGAUGCCAGUGAGGGUCAGCUGAUGCCAGAGAAGUUCCAUUGCGUCUUCAAAGAUGUCUACAAGGUCUUCCUCAAGGGGCAGCCAAAAGCACUGGGGGCUUCUCAGCUAAUAGCUGGAGUCCUUAUAAUAUGUCUAGGGUUUCUUGUUGUCCCGGACCAGACCGGAAAUUCUCCUUUGUCCUACACCAUGCCCAGUUUUCUGUUCAUGGCUGCUGGUAUGCUGUCCUACGCUGCAGGUCACUCUCCAAAUAUAUGUGUGACCAAAGUAUCAUUUUCUUUGAAUAUGAUAAGCAGUUUCUGGGCAGUAGCUGCUAUUUCUCUCUGCAUUCUUCACUUAUUACAACUAAAGUCAGAGCCGAGGGUAUUUCAUGGAAUCCUUGGAAUAAUUGCAGUUCUCCUGUUAACUGAACUGAUUGUUGCCAUGGUGAUGAUUUACUGGGAGAGUAAAGCAGUGUGCAGACAGCAUUUUAAUGUUCUGCCUAUGGUCACCCUGAAGCAGGAUGUUUGAGUCUGGAAGAUAAAAGGCACAUAGAGAAAUAACUGCGUGAAAUAGCUAUAAAAAAUAUUAUACUUAUUAAUAUGAGUUAGCCUAGUGAUUGCUUUUAUGUUUGUGUAUUUUUUGUGUGUGUAUUUUUCGUAUUGUACAGUAGCCCUAUACAAACCAUGGCUUUUAAGUAAUAAACGGACCACAUGUAACUACAAAUGAGCUUACGAAGAAAUACAUUUAAUUAUAAAUACAUUUUAAAAUAUGCAUUCUGCAAAAUGUUCAUUGUACUGUUGCACAGAUAUUCUAUAGCAAAAAGUAAACAUAGCAUUUAACUAGUAGAAAUGUAUAAUGACAGACUUUCUCUAUACUAUAAUUAUAAUUUGCAUACACCUAAUAAUGUGAUGUGGCAUUUUAGAAUUUAGGCAAUAUGUUCACUUUACUUUUUGUAAUUAAAAUGAGAAAAAACGUA